AUGUUUCCAAUGGACCGGAAAUGCACCAUGAGCAGUGAUGUGCUCAAGGAUGGGCUGGGUACGACGACUGCAACGUCACAGUUUAGAUUGCGUUUGCAGGAGGAUAGCGGGUGCAGUGUCACUGAAUUCCUGAAGACACGGAAGUUCCUGAAGAUGUGGGAGCGGUUGCGCUAUGGGAUUUGCACCGUAGUAAUGCAGCGCAUGCUUGAGGAGAAGCAAGGUAUGGAUGCGGUGUAUGUCUCCUCACAUCGGCUGCGUGAGAAGGCCCGGCGGCUGCGUGACAUCAUUGGGCAGUACAAGUAUUUGGUUGAACCGUGCAACUUUAGCAUUCACUUUGUAGCUCGACCCUUCCGUGGCAACGGCGACGAACCUCAUUUGGAUUUGGACGUCAACAUCCAGGAGCUAUCCCUUCUGCUGGACAUGAAGCAGUUGAAGGGCUUGGCUGCAAUCCUGGGCUACCUGCAGAGGUGGAUGCGGCACGAUGCGCUCUUUCAGUGGAAGCCGGUGCCGGCGGAGUUCCGGAACUCGGCUGACAUCUCUGGCUGCGGGUUGACCAGGGGUCGAUUGCUCUGGGCCUUCGCACUGAAGCUGGUGCUACAGAGCAUCCAUCCCAAGUACUUCUGGACUUCCCUCGCGUGGAUCCACAUGCGCCGUGGAGCUUCGAUUCGGCAAGCGCUCUUCGAAGCAUUGUCAGCGAGGACUGUCGACCAGGAACGAGUGCAAGUGCUGCAAGUGAGUCUUCCAUUGAUAGAAUGCUUGGCUGUGCGGCGAGAGUUCCUGAUCCAACAAGCUAGGAGGAAGAAGGAGGAGUCUUACUUCAAGCGUGAAGGGAAUUGCUGCCCUUGCCGGAGAAAGACGCCUGAAGAGAUGGCCGAGGCACUCAGAACCGAGCGUUGGUGA